GUGGAGUGGCUGAAGAACGAAGAGGUGAUUGAUCCCGUGGAAGACCGAAAUUUUUACAUCACCAUCGACCACAACCUGAUCAUUAAGCAAGCCCGGCUUUCUGACACGGCCAAUUACACUUGUGUCGCCAAAAAUAUUGUGGCCAAAAGAAAAAGCACCACAGCAACUGUGAUUGUCUAUGUGAAUGGAGGCUGGUCUACCUGGACUGAGUGGUCAGUCUGUAACAGCCGAUGUGGGAGAGGCUUUCAGAAGCGUACGAGGACCUGCACCAAUCCUGCCCCACUCAACGGUGGUGCCUUCUGCGAGGGCCAGAGCGUUCAGAAAAUAGCUUGCACCACUCUGUGUCCAGUGGAUGGCAAGUGGACAUCCUGGAGCAAGUGGUCCACCUGUGGCACGGAGUGCACCCACUGGCGCCGGAGGGAGUGCACGGCCCCGGCGCCCAAGAAUGGGGGGAAGGACUGCGAAGGGCUGGUGCUGCAGUCCAAGAACUGCACCGACGGGCUUUGCAUGCAGGGUUUCAUUUAUCCUAUUUCAACUGAACAGAGAACCCAGAAUGAAUAUGGAUUUUCUUCUGCUCCUGACUCAGAUGAUGUUGCUCUCUAUGUUGGGAUCGUCAUAGCUGUGAUUGUGUGCCUGGCUAUUUCCGUGGUUGUGGCCCUGUUUGUCUAUCGCAAGAACCACCGUGACUUCGAGUCAGAUAUUAUCGACUCCUCGGCGCUAAAUGGGGGAUUUCAGCCUGUUAACAUCAAGGCUGCAAGGCAAGACCUCCUGGCAGUACCACCAGACCUCACUUCUGCUGCAGCCAUGUACAGGGGUCCUGUUUACGCCUUGCAUGACGUUUCUGAUAAAAUCCCAAUGACCAAUUCUCCAAUCCUGGACCCGCUGCCCAACCUGAAGAUCAAGGUUUAUAACACCUCUGGCGCAGUCACCCCCCAGGAUGACCUCUCUGACUUCUCCUCCAAGCUGUCCCCACAGAUUACACAGUCUCUGCUGGAGAACGAGACCCUGAACAUAAAGAACCAGAGCCUUGCUCGGCAAACUGACCCAUCAUGCACUGCAUUUGGGACCUUCAACUCCUUAGGAGGUCACCUGGUAAUUCCCAAUUCAGGAAUAAGCUUGCUGAUCCCAGCGGGGGCCGUUCCACAAGGGAGAGUCUAUGAAAUGUAUGUGACAGUUCACAGGAAGGAGAACAUGAGGUAA